AAAAAUCCCCUACUGAUGACCUACACAUAUAUUGUGUAAGAAUGAGGCUCAUACCUCUCGUCAGUCCUCAAUUGCUAACCGCGCAUUCUCGAUUCGGUCCUCCAGACCCCUCUGGUUUGUUGCGCCAACAAUUCCGCUCUCGUUUGACGCGUUCCCUGCGGCAACAUCCCGCUUACCUUAGCGUUCACGCGCUAUCGCCGUCUUCCCUUCGAGGGGCCGAUGCAGCUAUACCGGUAGUGGGGCAGCACGCUCGAUAGUCCCGCCGGUCACGCCCAUCUCGUCCACCCGCGAUGGCUGCGCAAGAGGUGCCCAAGACCUGUAAGGUCAUCCUGGCCGAGACCAUCGCGAAGGGCCUCCUCGCCGAGGUCAAGGACACGCUGAGGUCCAUCCAGAAGGGCAGCGAGGGCCCGCCGACGCUGGUCGCCUUCCUCGCCAACGACGACCCGGCCGCGGUUAAGUACGCCGAGUGGUCUAAGAAGACCUGCGAGGAGAACGGCUUCAACUUCGACCUGCGGCGGGUUGACAAGGAGCGGCUCGAGGAGGAGAUCGUGGGCGCGAACGAGGACGGCCGCGUCGACGGCAUCAUUGUCUACUACCCCAUCUUCCCGGGCAACCCGGCGCACGACCGGUACGUGCAGGAGACAGUGGCGCUGGCCAAGGACGUCGAGGGCCUCUGCCACCAGCACAUCUACAACAUGUACCACAACGUGCGCUUCCUCGAUCCGCCGGCCUGCCGGCGCAAGUCCCUGCUCCCGUGCACCCCCCUGGCCGUCGUCAAGAUCCUCGAGCACCUGCGCGUCUACAACCCCAUCCUGCCGCCCGGCAACCGCCUCUUCGGCCGCACCGUCACCGUCAUCAACCGCUCCGAGGUCAACGGCCGCCCGCUCGCCGCCCUGCUCGCCAACGACGGCGCCGCCGUCUACUCGGUCGACCUCACCGGUGUCCAGCUCUUCACCCGCGGCCGCGGCAUCCGCCACCCCCGCCACCAGGUCGAGGACAAGCCCGGCUGGUCCCUCGCCGACUGCCUCCCCCUCAGCGACGUCGUCGUCGCCGGCGUCCCCGCCGAGUCCUACAAGGUCCCCGUCGACCUCCUCCGCGACGGCGCCGUCUGCAUCAACUUCUCCUCCUUCCGCAACUUCGACGGCCCCGCCGUCAAGGAGCGUGCCGCCAUCUACGUCCCCUCCGUCGGCAAGGUCACCAUCGCCGUCCUGCUGAGAAACCUCGUGCGUCUAAUCGCGAACCGCCCUUCGACAAACCAGGACGGGAGCGCCGACGAGACCACGCAGAAGGCUAAGAACGAGGCGUUCGUCGACGGUUAAGGCGAGAGAAACCCGAAAGUAGCUAAUACCCACCCUUUGCCCCACUCUCGUCCUCCGUACCUAUAGAUUUUCCUAGUUCUUUUCUUUUUCACGCCUCCUUUCUUCUUUUCCUUGUGGAAGGGAACGCAAUAGAGAUAGGGGAAUGUGGGAAGGAAGUUGUGUAGAACUUUUGGCGUUUGGUAAACGCGUUGGAUUUGGUUACAGAAAAGGGAAAAAAAAAACUUAGGAGGGGAAUAAACAUAGAGAGUAGCUUGGCUUAUCGAUGUGUCCUCGCUUCUUGCGCUCGUUGAGAGGGAUAUAGGGAUCACUCCGGCUUGGAGGCUGGGCGAGGGUAGCAUUAUGACUACCCGGGUUUCUUAUGUGCGUAGAAACUAGACAUGGGGUCCUUUUAGAUAUAUAUUUGGCCUAUAAAUCUGAGCCUCCGGCCGUGGCACUUCACCAAACC